AUGCUGAAUGUGUACGCAGUACACAUUCAGCAGUUUGAGUACGCAGGUCCGGCUUGGAGUCGCCACCUCGAAAAGGAUGUAAGGAAACUUGAGCAGGUACGGAGGUUUGCAAGGAGGCUUGACCAGACCGACUGUGGGGGUUCGAUACGAAGAAUGAUUGAGGGAGGUGGCCAUGACAAUGCUAAAAUACAUGUGGUAUCUGACCAUGUGGUAUCUGACCAUGUGGGAUCUGAGUAUGUGUUAUCUGAGUAUGUGGUAUCUGACCAUGUGGGAUCUGAGUAUGUGUUAUCUGAGCAUGUGGUAUCUGAGCAUGUGGUAUCUGACCAUGUGGUAUCUGAGCAUGUGGUAUCUGAGCAUGUGGUAUCUGACCAUGUGGGAUCUGAGUAUGUGUUAUCUGAGCAUGUGGUAUCUGACCAUGUGGGAUCUGAGUAUGUGUUAUCUGAGCAUGUGGUAUCUGAGCAUGUGGUAUCUGAGCAUGUGGUAUCUGAGCAUGUGGUAUCUGAGCAUGUGGUAUCUGAGCAUGAGGUAUCUGAGCAUGAGGUAUCUGAGCAUGUGGUAUCUGAGCAUGAGGUAUCUGAGCAUGAGGUAUCUGAGCAUGUGGUAUCUGAGCAUGUGGUAUCUGAGCAUGUGGUAUCUGAGCAUGUGGUAUCUGAGCAUGUGGUAUCUGAGCAUGUGGUAUCUGAGCAUGUGGUAUCUGAGCAUGAGGUAUCUGAGCAUGAGGUAUCUGAGCAUGAGGUAUCUGAGCAUGUGGUAUCUGAGCAUGUGGUAUCUGAGCAUGUGGUAUCUGAGCAUGUGGUAUCUGAGCAUGUGGUAUCUGAGCAUGUGGUAUCUGAGCAUGAGGUAUCUGAGCAUGUGGUAUCUGAGCAUGAGGUAUCUGAGCAUGUGGUAUCUGAGCAUGUGGUAUCUGAGCAUGUGGUACCUGAGCAUGUGGUAUCUGAGCAUGUGGUAUCUGAGCAUGUGGUAUCUGAGCAUGUGGUAUCUGAGCAUGUGGUAUCUGAGCAUGUGGUAUCUGAGCAUGUGGUAUCUGAGCAUGUGGUAUCUGAGCAUGUGGUAUCUGAGCAUGUGGUAUCUGAGCAUGAGGUAUCUGAGCAUGUGGUAUCUGAGCAUGUGGUAUCUGAGCAUGAGGUAUCUGAGCAUGUGGUAUCUGAGCAUGUGGUAUCUGAGAUCGAAGAGAGCUUCGUGAGCAAGUUGACGCUCUUUCGUAGCCUCUGGAGAGCUGCAUCCUCUUGUAAGCGUUGUUCUGGGUCAUGUGUCUCUCAAGACGCCAGACUCUCAAGAUGCCAGACUCUCAAGACGCCAGACUCUCAAGACGCCAGACUCUCAAGACGCCAGACCCCCAACACGCCAGACUCUCAAGACGCCAGACUCUCAAGACGCCAGACACUCAAGACGCCAGACUCUCAAGACGCCAGACUCUCAAGACGCCAGACUCUCAAGACGCCAGACUCUCAAGACGCCAGACGUGAUCAUAGCACAGUUGCAAAAUAUUAUGAACUAAUACCGCAGCGUUUCUUGCGUGCAGCCCAACAGCUGCCCCAGCUUCCUGGAGCACAGCGCUGCCCCAGCUUCCUGGAGCCCAGCGCUGCCCCAGCUUCCUGGAGCCCAGCGCUGCCCCAGCUUCCUGGAGCCCAGCGCUACCCCAGCUUCCUGGAGCCCAGCGCUGCCCCAGCUUCCUGGAGCCCAGCGCUACCCCAGCUUCCUGGAGCCCAGCGCUACCCCAGCUUCCUGGAGCCCAGCACUACCCCAGCUCCCUGCAGCCCAGCGCUGCCCCAGCUUCCUGGAGCCCAGCACUACCCCAGCUUCCUGGAGCCCAGCACUACCCCAGCUUCCUGGAGCCCAGCACUACCCCAGCUUCCUGGAGCCCAACACUACCCCAGCUUCCUGGAGCCCAGCACUACCCCAGCUUCUUGGAGCCCAGCGCUACCCCAGCUUCCUGGAGCCCAGCGCUACCCCAGCUUCCUGGAGCCUAGCGCUACCCCAGCUUCCUGGAUCCCAGCGCUGCCCCAGCUUCCUGGAGCCCAGCACUACCCCAGCUUCCUGGAGCCCACCGAUGCCCCAGCUUCCUGGAGCACAGCGCUGCCCCAGCUUCCUGGAGCCCAGCGCUGCCCCAGCUUCCUGGAGCCCAGCGCUGCCCCAGCUUCCUGGAGCCCAGCACUACCCCAGCUUCCUGGAGCCCAGCACUACCCCAGCUUCCUGGAGCCCAGCACUACCCCAGCUUCCUGGAGCCCAGCACUACCCCAGCUUCCUGGAGCCCAGUACUACCAGCUUCCUGGAGCCCAGCACUACCCCAGCUUCCUGGAGCCCAGCGCUGCCCCAGCUUCCUGGAGCCCAGCGCUACCCCAGCUUCCUGGAGCCCAGCGCUACCCCAGCUUCCUGGAGCCCAGCGCUACCCAGCUUCCUGGAGCCCAGCACUACCCCAGCUUCCUGGAGCCCAGCGCUGCCCCAGCUUCCUGGAGCCCAGCGCUGCCCCAGCUUCCUGGAGCCCAGCGCUACCCCAGCUUCCUGGAGCCCAGCGCUGCCCUAGCUUCCUGGAGCCCAGCGCUGCCCCAGCUUCCUGGAGCCCAGCGCUGCCCCAGCUUCCUGGAGCCCAGCGCUGCCCCAGCUUCCUGGAGCCCAGCACUACCCCAGCUUCCUGGAGCCCAGCAUUGCCAGCUUCCUGGAGCCCAGCACUACCCCAGCUUCCUGGAGCCCAGCGCUGCCCCAGCUUCCUGGAGCCCAGCGCUGCCCCAGCUUCCUGGAGCCCAGCGCUGCCCCAGCUUCCUGGAGCCCAGCGCUGCCCCAGCUUCCUGGAGCCCAGCGCUGCCCCAGCUUCCUGGAGCCCAGCGCUGCCCCAGCUUCCUGGAGCCCAGCGCUACCCCAGCUUCCUGGAGCCUAGCGCUACCCCAGCUCCCUGGAGCCCAGCGCUGCCCCAGCUUCCUGGAGCCCAGCACUACCCCAGCUUCCUGGAGCCCAGCACUACCCCAGCUUCCUGGAGCCCAACACUACCCCAGCUUCCUGGAGCCCAGCACUACCCCAGCUUCUUGGAGCCCAGCGCUACCCCAGCUUCCUGGAGCCCAGCACUACCCCAGCUUCCUGGAGCCCACCGAUGCCCCAGCUUCCUGGAGCACAGCGCUGCCCCAGCUUCCUGGAGCCCAGCGCUGCCCCAGCUUCCUGGAGCCCAGCGCUGCCCCAGCUUCCUGGAGCCCAGCAUUGCCAGCUUCCUGGAGCCCAGCACUACCCCAGCUUCCUGGAGCCCAGCGCUGCCCUAGCUUCCUGGAGCCCAGCACUGCCAGCUUCCUGGAGCCCAGCACUACCCCAGCUUCCUGGAGCCCAGCACUACACCAGCUUCCUGGAGCCCAGCGCCACCCCAGCUUCCUGGAGCCCUCAAGAAGCGCUCUACUGGUGAUUGAGCCCGGCACUUACUGCUUUAUAGAGCCCUCAAGGAGCUUAAUGAGCCAGAGACGGUGUCCAGCGUUGACAGUUUCAUAG